GAUAGCCAAAAAUUCAAGUGCCAAUAUUUUCUUUUAAAAAAAUUAAUGAUACAAAUUUUCUGUUAAUGCGAUUGUAGAUUAUUAUUGUACAGAACAUAAAUUUAUGCAAAUGCGAACAAAUUUUCGAAUCUUUUUUACUAUUGGAUCAAUCAAAUUAAGUGAGAGCUGCAAACAUAUUAGAAGUUUCGACCAGCUAUGAUGGAGUCUCUACAUGAUCUCUUAUUACCUUACAAAGAGGAAGUUGGAAAACUGGCUGGUAUAGUAACAAUUGCUCAGUUUUUUUCAGGAAUAUUCAUCUGUCGAGACAUUUACAAUCAGGGAAGUACUAAAGGAAUUAGUUCUAUACCAUUUGUUGGAGGUAUAACAAUAGGAGUACUGAAUCUGAAGUAUGGGUUUUUAUUACAAGACGAAGUGAUGAACGUUGUGAAUACUGCAGCCAUAAUACUCAAUUUACUAUACUUGUCAUUUUAUUUCUUGUACUCAAAUAAUACCUGGGGAGAUAUUUACAAACCAGGAAUUUAUGGUGCUCUCCUUGUAUCAGUGUGUCUGGGAUACACAGAAGUGGAAUCUCCUGAUCUGUUAGAAUACAGAUAUGGCUUAUUGGUCACAGUGCUAAUGUUGCUUCUGAUGGGAAGUCCUUUAAUAGACAUUAAAACAAUCAUAUCUUCGAAAGAUGCUUCAUCAAUCCCCUUCCCUCUGACUUUUAUGGCAGCUAUCGUUACAUUCUUAUGGUUACUGUAUGGCAUUAUAUUGGAUAACACUUUCAUGGUGGUACAGAAUGUUCUUGGUUUCUUGGUAUGCUUUGUACAAUUGGUGUUGAUCUUCCUCUAUACUCCAGUUCCCAAAGAAAACAAAGAAAAAACGAAAAAGAAGAAGUGAGAUUGAAACCAAGGUAACUACGAAGGUCAAAAUUUUAUGGAAAUCAUUUAACUAAAAUUAUUUUUUAAUAAAUUUUCAUUUUCAUGAAAACUUCUGCAUUCCAUGCUGUGCAUUUAUAUUUUUUAUAACAUUUCCAUAUAAUUUAAUGGA